AUGCCACCCAAAGACUUCAAAGUCCUCAUUGCUGGAGGAAGUAUUUCCGGGCUUUCUCUGGCCCUGAUGCUCGAGAGGAAUGGCAUUGACUUUCUGGUAUUGGAGGCAUAUCCCGAGAUUGCCCCUCAAGUUGGUGCCAGCAUCGGUCUCCUGCCCAAUGGUCAGCGUAUUCUGGACCAACUGGGCUGUUACGAGACUCUUCUCAAACUCGCUGAGAAGCCUGUUGAGAAUGUCUUUAUCAGGAACCCGCAUGGGGAGGUGAUGGCAUCUUUUGAGAACUUCGCCAGCCACUCCAUUGAAAGGCAUGGAUAUCCCAUCAUGUUCUUAGAUCGUCGGAUGGUCAUCCAGGCGCUCUACGACACUAUACAGGACAAGUCCAAAGUCCUCACGUCAAAACGCGUCACAGCCGUCGAGAACAUGGACACAAGCAUCAUGGUCACGACCAGGGAUGGAUCAACCUAUUCUGGCGAUAUCCUGGUUGGAGCUGACGGUAUUCACUCAACUGUCCGGCAGCAAAUGUUGUUGGCCGCCAGGCUAGAAGCCAACACCAUAUACUCAGAGGAAAAUGCGGUUCCAUGCUCCUACGCUUGUAUUUUCGGCAUAUCUAUGGGGGAUACUGGCAUUGGCUCUGGGACAUUACAUUCGGUCUACAACGAAAAGCAUUCCUUUUUGGUUGGUGGUGGCCCGGGAGGUCGAACCUACUGGUUUCUUGUCGUCCACAUGGGAAAAACAUUCCAUGGUUCCGAAAUUCCCACCUAUUCAAAAGAAGCAGAGGAAGAGCUGGCUGAAAAGUAUUGGGACAGCCCCAUCACCCCGACUGUCCGUUUCUCAGAUCUAUACAAGCGGAAGGUCAAUUCAGUUUACACCACUUUGCCUGAAUAUGUCUACAAGCAGUGGCAUUUUGGGAGAUCUAUAACGAUUGGAGAUGCCAGCCACAAGUUCCAACCUCUGACAGGACAGGGCGGCAAUUCUGCCGUUGAGACGAGUGCGGCCCUCACUAACAGCAUAACCAGGGCCCUGAAUCAGAAUCCUCAGGGUCGACUUUCCCCGAAUGAGAUCAAGUCUGUGUUCCAGUCUGUCCAAGAACUCCGUCGUCCGAGAACUAGCGAGCUCGUCAAAGAGUCCCACAAUCGCCAGCGACUCGAGGCGAUGGAAACACCACUUAUGAAGGCACUUGCACUCUACUACGUCCCGCUGCUCGGUAUCGACAGAGUGACCGAGAGCUGGGUUGGAACAUACGCUCCAGCAGUGUCACUCUACAUGUUGCCGGUGCCAUCACGGCCGAGAGCAGUCCCAUACUAUGACGAGCUCUUCCGGAAACCAGCUGGACGGGGACUCCUUGCCAUUCCGAUUUACGCCACUUUCGUCCUCCUCUCAUACCUAGGAUUCCGUCUAAUAUUCAUUGCAGGCAGGGUGAAUGGCCUCUGGAUGUUCUUGAGCGAGACCCUACUGUCAAAUACGCUUCUUGGCUACGAUCUACAGUUGGAGAAUCUGUUUGUGGGCAUGGACGCUGUCAACAGUAAAUUACAAGCUUUGGUCGCCCUUUUCCUUCCACCAUUACUAGAUCCCUGGGAUCAUCCGCGAAAACUGCAAUCGGUCUACUUCCUGUCGUCUAUGUUUCCGUUAAUGGGAAUUUUCGCCAUCGAGGGCUACCGGACGAGGAACUCUGGGACACUUCUUCACAGUACCCUUCUAUGGUGUUUCCUCUUCCACUCUCAAUCAUUCGGUCUCGUCGGGCCGCUUUGGUUCUUGGCAAGCAUCUUCACGUCACGAAAAUUGUCCUAUCACGCCCCCACCAAUCGAGCUGUUCCCACCGCCAUCGCUAAAAUUCUGCUUCCCGCCGUACUGAUCGGGCACGUCCUUCCGACUGUCCUUCUUUUCGUCCCAUACUCAAACCUAGUGUUCUUGCAGUAUCUGGUCGCCUUCUGGCAGUUCAACCCAAUUCUUAUGGUCGCAUUGAUCGAGGGCCUUGCCCGAUUCACGAGUUCGACGACGAGGAGGCCGGCUGGAGACUUUAACCAAGACCUCCCAUACUUAGCCAGGACUUACGGGGUCCUAUCCGGCAUAUCAGCGCUUAUCAGUAUUGCAACGGUGGUUGCUGCUCUAUCAUCACCGCACCUGUCGCUAACUAGCAUAAUUUGCCCGAGAGAUUCUUUCGCCCCCGUUCAUAGCUUCGCUGAUGGCGUGUUUAUCUUCUUUCAAAACGACUUUCUCGUCACUGCAAUAGCCGCAUUCUUGUGGUGUGUGGUCAGUAUCUGGGAUUUAUAUAGGAUGGGCCUAACAAACCAUGGAGUCCUCAAGGGCGCCGCGGCAGUCAUUUUCGGAUACAUCAUUGUGGGCCCAGGUGCGACUGUCGGAGGAGUGUGGUACUGGCGGGAACACGUGUGGAGUGGGAUGCAUUCAAACAAGAGCAACCUGGUAGGAGAAGUCAAAGGAGCAGCGAAAUGA